AUGGACAAAAUUGAAAUAAACGGACAUUCAUCAUUACAAAAUGGUAUUGACGAUGAUUUUGAAUUAAUGGGUGACUUAAUCAAAGAAGAUCCUAUUAUAAUCGAACGUCGUCGUUUACGUAAUAAUGAAAUAACAAAAAAAUUGGGAUUCUAUUUACUCAAAGGUUAUUGUAUGUUAAGUGAUGCUUGUCCAGCAUGUGAUUGUAUUCUUCUUCGUACACCAGAACGUGAAUUACUUUGUGUUGGUUGCGCUGAAGUUGAUGCUGCAAAUAUAAAAACAAAUAAAGAUAUUCCAACAGAAAAUAAUGAUCAACGUUUAACAUCAGCUCAAUCAAAUGAUAAGAAAAAAGAUCGUGCAAAACGUUCAAAAAAACGAAAUAAAAAAACAUCAUCAACAACAAGUGAAGCUGAUGGUAUGCUUAAUACAAAUUCAAACUAUUCUGCUCAACUUGAAAAUAAAUUAAAAUGGGCUGUUGAUGAAUUAACUAAAUCACAAAAUCCGAAUCGUAUCAAUGCUAUGUGUACAGUUAUUAUUAAAUUAACCGAAUCGAUUAAAGCAUUGAAAGACUAUGAAAUCGUAUCUGUUUAA